AUGGCGUCUGCGCAGCCAAGGGAUGGACAGCAGGAACCUAAUGAGACCAACUCGAGAGAUGCAUUUACGGUGAAGCUGCUGAAGCAUGUGGCGGACAAGCUGGGCGUGCGCUACACGGGCGACCGUGUGGACGCGAGCGACAGUAUCGUUAUGGGAGAACUGGGGCGCCUAAAGGCUGAAAUACGCUCACGGGAGCGUGCCUUGGGAGUAGAUAAUAUGAGCCUCAUUCCACUUUAUGUCAAGGCAGCCAAUUUGUCACCGACAACCGAGGAUGUCCUUCGGUUUCACAGGAAGGCAGUGGAGGUUGUUGAGGCAAAUCAAGAACUUAAAAAAGAAUCCACCAUCAUGAAUGCCAUUAGUGUAUCUGAUCUUGCUGAGCUGGGCUCAAGUUUAUUUCGUCAUGGGGAGUAUCACCUGGCCGAAAGACUGUUCACAAUGGCGGCGUCUAUUUGCCAUGCGAAAUCCGCAGGCGUGUGCGAAGCUGCUUCCUCCUCCACUUCGAAGGGCUGCAGUCCGAAUAGGUUGCGGCGCCUAAAGGGGCACCUGUGGGACUGGCAAAAGAGCGCAGAGGCGGCGCAACAAGACUUGUCGAAGCUUCUUUCUGUUGCUGCUCAGAAGCCGCAUCGGCAGCGAGAAGUGCGAGACGCGUUCAGUCAAACAGAGUUGGCAGAACACGGAGCAACCAUGCCGGGCUCUCAGGAAACAGGGGCAAUGAAGAAAAUGCGGGAACUCAAAGGGAUUCGGAAUGCGGAGGAUUUGAAGCGACUCGUGGAGUACACCCUAGAUCCAAUGAAUGGGGAGGACGGAUUUAAUUGUCUGGUAUUGCCGAAACGUCGAACCACCACGACGCCUUUACAGUCCGGGCGUGUUCCUGCAUCGAGUCCCCUUCUGGCCCUGCGGGAGUCCAUUGAUCGCGUUGCCUCCAGAGUUGAUGGCAAACUUGACUCCAUCAACUUAUCAAGCGGUGCCCUGGGAAAGGGGCUGCCGCCACGAUAG